AUGGGCUGCAGCACCACUUCUCUCGCCACAUCAGCUGUCCAUGGACAAGCUGUAUCGCUCCCUGGUCCUGGCACCUUGCUGCUCUCUCUCUGCUGCCCGACCUGCCUCUCCAGGGCAACUCAGUCUUUGUCCAUACCGCCUAGAACUAGUCAUGCAUCUUUGGACUCCUGCACCAUCUCUACCCGGGGCACAUACAGCCAGUCGCCCGUCGCCCCUGCCUUGUUCCUGCUCCAGCUCUUCGGCUCCACGUCCCGGCCCCGGCUCCACGUCCCGGCCCCGGCUCCACGUCCCGGCUCCACGUUCCACGUCCCGGCUUCACGUCCCGGCCCCGGCUUCACGUCCCGGCCCCGGCUUCACGUCCCGGCCCCGGCUUCACGUCCCGGCCCCGGAUUCACGUCCCGGCCCCGGAUUCACGUCCCGGCCCCGGAUUCACGUCCCGGCCCCGGAUUCACGUCCCGGCCCCGGAUUCACGUCCCGGCCCCGGAUUCACGUCCCGGCCCCGGCUUCACGUCCCGGCCCCGGCUUCACGUCCCGGCCCCGGCUUCACGUCCCGGCCCCGGCUUCACGUCCCGGCCCCGGCUUCACGUCCCGGCCCCGGCUUCACGUCCCGGCCCCGGCUUCACGUGCCGGUUACACCCCCCCGGUCCUUCCUACGGUCCCCCUCCUCCCUCCCUGGUUUUGUUUUUGGGACGUCUGGGAUCCGUCCCUUGA